AUGACCGAAAUGAACGGCAACAAGAAGAUGAAACCUAAUGACAACAACCUCAGCAACACGAUGGACGAAGAUCAGGAUAUGAUCCAUCCCAGUGUACCAACGAAAAACAAGUUUGGGGUUCUCAAUAACGAGUAUCUCGACCAAAGAGAAGGAAGCUCGAGCAGCGCGCCCAAAAAACGCGAAAAAACUCUGCCUCCCCUAGUUCUACUAGGUACAAUACCCAAGUACGACGAGAUAGUGAAAGAAAUCACUCACAUUAUAGGAUCUAGAGACUUUCGUCUCGUUAUCAACCGGAAUAGAAGAGAGACAAAGAUUCACUCGAACAACAAGGAACAUUACGAUAAAGUGAAAAAUGAAUUUAAACAAUCACAAAGCGAAUUCUUCACCUACACAGAUAGGGAUGAAAUCCUAAAAAAGUUGGUGAUGAAAGCAGCUCCAGACCUAAGCCUCGAGGCAAUCAAAGAAGAAAUGUUAAGUGAACACCACAUAAAAGUGGAGAAAAUAAUUGCUAUGAAAUCGAGGAAAGAAAACAUCGAAAGUCAUAGCUACCUCCUUCACUUCAAAAAAGAAGUGAAUCUGAAAGAAGUCAAAAACAUAAGAGGAGUACAAAAUAUUGGAGUCAAAUGGGAAAUGUAUGCAAAGAAAUACUUAGAAUGUGGACAAAAUCGAAAGACAAAAGGAGAAUAG